GCUAACGGUCAGAGGCAGCCCAAAACUCCAAAGAGCGCACGCGGGGCACCCCCUUCUUUAUGUUUGGUAAUACGUGGAGGAGGGACAGAGAAAAAGAGGAGGGAGCGAAAGAAAAAGGGGGGGGGGGAGUGGUGGUGGGAGAGGGGGAAGCCAGCGAGCUUGAGAAGAGAGAGAGAGAGAGUGUUCGUGUGCGUGAUUGGGAAAGACGAAGAGAGAAGACGGAGACGUGGAGCAAACAAGAAAUCGAGAGAUAACCCACGGGUUUUGUGGCGCGCGCGCGGCCGGGCGCGCGCGUGUAUAGGUACUGGAGUGAAAGAUUUAGUGAGGGUGAAGGGAGAGUAACAGAGGAGAACCCUACAGGGCGUUGGGGGUGCCCGGUGGAGUGCUGGGGUUGUGAAGGGAGUGUAGGUGGGGGGGGGGCUAAGAGAGAAGAGAGGGUGAGAGAGGGAGAGCGAAAGCGAGAAGAUUUGGACUUUGAGGGACUAGCACCCACGUCGGAACUCUGUCACCUGCCUAGAGUCCAGCGCUAUGGUGUCGAGUCGCCUCUUUCUGUGGACCAUCGCGGCUUCAUGGAUCGCUUCGCACGUGAGCGCCAGGGCGUCCUUCGCACAGGAGCCAUCGGAUUGCUCGGUGGUGGCUGGCCAGCCAGUCACGCUCAUGUGCGUGGUUGCUAACUACUCGGGCAUUGUGCAGUGGACCAAGGACGGGCUGGCGCUGGGUGCCGAGCAUCACCUGCCAGGCUGGCCGCGCUACUCCAUCGUGGGCAGCACGCAGGGUGGUGAGCACAACCUGCAGGUGUCACGCGCCGAGCUCGCCGACGACGCCGUCUACGAGUGCCAGGCCACGCAGGCAGCGUUGCGGUCCCGGCCCGCCCACCUCACCGUGCUCAUCCCCCCCGACGAGCCGACGAUCGAGAACGGGCCGAUGGUGCAACUCAAGGCGGGAACGCCGUACAACCUGACGUGUCGCGCCGAGCGUGCCAAACCCGCGGCCGUGAUCACCUGGUACCGUGACGGCACCCUGCAGGACGGCGCUCACUACAGCAAGAUGAUCCUGGAUGACGGCAAGCGAGAGAGCGCCAUGAGCAAGCUGCUCAUCACGCCCAGCGACGGCGACAUCGGCCGCACAUUUUCCUGCCGCGCUUCCAACGCCGCAGCGCCCGACGGGAAGCAGACUUCCGUGAGGCUCAACGUGCAGCACCCGCCCGCUGUGAGGCUAUCAGUGCACCCGCAGCCCGUGCAGGAGGGAGAGACCGUGAAAUUCACGUGUUCCGCCACCGCCAACCCUGACAUCACCGGAUACCGCUGGGCCAAGGGGGGAGCACUGAUCGAAGGCACGACGGAGAACACGUACGAGACGACCGUGGACUAUUCCUACUUCACCGAGCCGGUGUCGUGCGAGGUGCACAACGUCGUGGGGAGCACCAACGUCACCACGCUGGUCGACGUUUACUUCGGGCCACGGAUCGUGACGGAGCCACAGCCGCAGACCGUGGACCGGGGCUCCGACGCCACCUUCACGUGCGCCUGGUCGGGGAACCCUCCGCUGACCCUCGCCUGGACACGCAAGGGCUCCAACGUGGUGUUGAGUAACAGCAACAUGCUGCUCCUGAAAGGCGUGACUCAAGACGACACUGGACGCUAUGUGUGCAAGGCCAUUGUUCCACGCAUUGGCGUCGGCGAGAAAGAAGUCAUGCUGAACGUUAAUGGGCCACCCAUAAUAUCCAGUGACCUUCUGCAGCACGCGCUGCGCGGAGAGAAAGGCCGGGUGGAGUGCUUCAUCGGCAGCACACCACCUCCGGACCGCAUCGCGUGGGCGUGGAAGGAGAACGUGUUGGAGGUCGGCACCUACGAGCGCUACACGGUGGAGACGGUGAGCCGCGUGGACGGGGUUCUCUCCACGCUCACCAUCACCAACGUCAUGGAGGGGGACUUCCAGACCGCCUACAACUGCACGGCCUGGAACGGCUUCGGCUCCGACACAGAGAUAUUCACGCUGCGCGAGAAAGAGGUGCUGUCGCAGGGCAUCGUGAUUGGCGCCGGCGUGAGCGCUGCUGUCGUGCUAAUCAUCGCCGCCGUCGCAGUCAUCAUCUUUUGCUGCCGUCAGCGACGCAGAAUUUGCACUGCCUGCAUUCUGUGCGUCACAGCCAAGAAGGACAUCAAGAUCUGCAAGCACGACCCCAAGGUGGAGAUCGUCCACAAGGAUUUUGACCAAAUUCGCAAGGAGAUGUCCGAGGAAGACAUAAAGCUGCCGGUCAUGAAUGGCGACCAGAAGUUCAACUACUACCCGGCGUACUCCGAUGAGACCGACACCAAAACCGAGCAAACGACAGAACCCAGCGUGAGCCAGGAUGAAGCCGACUACAAGGACCUCAAGGACCCGACAAACGGCUACUACAACGUGCGGGCGCACGAGGAGCAGUCGACCACUCGCAACGCCUUCUCCGAGUUCCGCCCGCUGGCACGACCCCUCUACGAGCCGCGUCCCCCCUCGCGUCUCUCGCACGCCAGCGGGUACGCCCACCUGGGCGCGUACCCUGGGCGCCCCUACGACUACGAGCAGGCGGGCGGCUUCGAGCCGCCCCCUCAGCAGCAGCAGCAGCCGGACGGCGCCGUCGCCGCCGCCGCCGCCGCCGCCGCCGCGGGCCUCGGCUCCGGCGGAGUGGCGGUGCGGCCGCCUUUCGCCGCUCACGCCCAGACGGGCGUCUACGGCGGCUCCGUCUACGCCCCGGCCUCCUCCUGCUCCUCCUCCUCCACGGCCGCGGCGGCCGCGGCCGGCGCGGCCGGCCCGUUCGGCGUGGGCGGAAGCGCCGGCGGCGUCGCCGGCAGCGGGGUCGGCGUGUACGCCUACGGGCGCGUGCCGGCGUUCGAGGGCGCCGGCGACACGCUGGACCAGGCGAGCAAGCACUCGCUGUCGUCCCGCUUCUCGUACGCGUCGCAGCACUCCGACUUCACGGCGCGCCCACUGCAGCAGCGCAUGCAGACCCACGUAUGACGGAGGCGGCGCCGCGCGGUGCAACGGCACACCCAACGUCCUCGCGGAGGGGUUGUUGGGUUGGGUUUUUUUUUGUUUGUUCGUUUGGAGGGGGUGGCGGCCGUGGGGUGGAAGGAAGCUCAGAAAACGGCGUCCACACGGGUGGGGUGGGGGGGGGGCGGCGGGGGGGGGGGAGGGGUCGGGGGGGGGGUUGCUGCUGCACAUUGAGCAGGGUGGUGAGAGGGGCAAUGGGCAGGGUUAUUGGGCGAGAGUCGCGCGAAGCAUCGAGGCGGGAAUCUAAGCGCCACCCGGCUCCGAACGAGGAGUGGGACUUUUAUGCUCGUGGUGGAAUUUUUACAUUCCUGCGACGGAGGCCGCCGGUCUGUCCGUAGUCCGGCCGCUGUUGAUUUCCCCCCUCCCCCCCAUCCCCCCCCCCACCCCCCCCCCACCUCGAGAAAAAAAUGUUACUGGCUUGGAAAUGAUGGUUCCAAAAAAAUAUAUAUAUACCACGCUGCACGAUUAUUGUUAGAAGGCACGAGAGCGACGUUGGCCAUGAGCGCGGUACUCUUUACCAGUACAGAAAACAAACAAGCACUGCUUGCUGUAUAAGUAAGCAAACAUUCCAAACAAGGCCCUAUAUCUCUCAAUAAAUAGAAGCCUGCUGCUAUGUUAAGCCUGCAGUUUUACGGCCGUAGCCAACCCAACAUUUUUGGGAGAUUUCAGAAGCUCCCCCCCGCCCCCCUUACCUAACCCACUCAGAUGUUGAUGUGUAAAACCAUGACAGUGCCUUCAUUCAAUCGUACAGCACACACGUGCCGUGUGCAGCGCGCAACAUACACAUCUCUCCCACCGGUUAGCACGUGACAAUGACCAUUUCAAAAAGAAAGCUUUAAAUUAAACAAAGAACGGUGUAUAUUUUGUGCGGAUCUUCGCACAGUGCGCACAUGGAGUACCUAUUUACUCCCAUGAACAAUCCUACACUUGCAUGCAGCUGUAGGGCGGUGGGGGGCAUUGGCUGGACCCGUUUUUUUUUUUACCCCCAAUGCCUGGCGGCUCCCCCCCCCCCCCCCCCCCGCCGCCCCCUCCUGCAGAGCCUGGUUGCUGACCAACUAUUUUUUCAUUAUGAUUAUUAUUAUAUAAAUGAACAAAAGGAAUCCCUGUUGUACUUGAAAUGGCUUUUCAUAUUGUGUUUUUUUUUUUGUGAAGACUUAAACGCCGUUGUAAAUACCGUUCGGGCAUAGAAUUCAGCCACUUUCCAACGCUCCCCAACACACUCUGCACAGAGGCGGACACUUUGAAUUGGGAGUUGUUUUUAAAAAAUAUAUAUAUAUAUUUGAGAAAACCUCGUAACGAUAAAAUGAUUGAGGUUUCAUUUGCCUAUGUCUUUAUUUCUUUCAGCACAAAAAAAUAGAAAAACACCCCCCGACCCCACAAAUGUCGAGGUGUAUUAUUGCAGAUUUGCUGCACGGGAUUGUAUCUGAAAGUAGUGCCAAGCCCUUUAGGGGGAACGAGCAAUUACAGAUAUUUUUCACUGUUGCUCCGAAUGGGACCGCUCCUCUCUCUUUCGUCUGUGCUUUGACCUCGGGUUGGGCUGAGCCAGCCAGACGGUGCAGAGCCGUAGGCCCAAUUAAGCUUCGCUCGAAUGUACAUACAUACAUACGUACCUACGGACACAAAAGCGUUUUGUGCAACAACGAUGUUUUGCAGGCACGGAAAUCUGUAUAGUCAAUCCACACACCCCGAUACUAUAUUAAUUUUCCUAUCACUCUGUGUACACACUACGUCACCACUAUAUUGUAUAGUAACGCGCGUACUUGAUUUCGACGUAUAUAUAUUUUUUGUAUCGUACUUUUUUCCCCCCAUACAAAUAAGGUGAAUUGAACAGAAACAGUUUUGGUUACUGUUAAUAUAUCUGUUGUGCAGACCGGUACGCAAGUUGUUGACGAAUGGCAGCAAUUUCAUUGAAUUGAUCAGUGUUAUUUAUUUGUAUGUCAAUAAUGCUCACUUUAGCAUUUUAGGCUGCAGUAGCAGCAUAUCACAGGCACAUCUGAUAUUACAUUAACUGCAUCGUAUUAUAUCAUACGGUUGCAGGGAAUGGGGGAAUUAUUUCAGUCGGGCUGAAUAUCAAAAGAAAAAAAAUAAACUCCAGUAAGUAAAGUCUCUAUGCAUCAUUUAUGUAUUCGUUGUCAGCCCGAGGCGUUUUAGCUAUCAGUUCACUUUCAUGUAAAUACAGUUUUACAUUCGGUCGUGUAAAUAUACACGCAUUUGCACACGUGAGGGCCUCACGCAAGGGUAAGGUGCGCUGGGAAUAAUCGCCCGUGGUGUCACCUUGGCCAAGGAGAUCGCCGUGCGUGCGUUGCUCGUGUGCGUGUGCACGUUUGUGCUCGUGUGCGUGACUGUGCAUGUGUCGGUGGUAAACAGAACAAACAAACAAAAAAACACGAGAAUGCUUCUUCUAUAUUUGCGUUGUCAUUUUUUUUACGGUACCUUUUUUGAGCUUCGUUUUUUUUUUACACGUACGAUUGUUAUUAUUAAUUGCGCGUUAGCUCCCCGUUGUUUGUGACGAGCGAUCAAUCAUGCUGACUGCAUUUUCGUUGGGACCGGUGGUUCUUGUAAGUUCCGCUGAAUCUUUGUCUCUUCAAUAAAUAAAUCAAAUCAGUGUCGAGAGA